UCAUUAGGCUACCUUAAAUUAACAAGCGUUCGUCUGUCUAAAAGACACUGAUGAUGCUAGCCUAUGUUUACGCUAGCUCAAUAACUUUGUAGCUCACAAUUAGCUUUAGCUAACCACUUAGUUAGGGCUUGUAAAGACUGUGUGUCAGAUGUUGUCUUAUUCAGAUAGCAUUGUGGAUGCACUGUACAUUGUAUUUAAAUAUAAUGUGGGAAGUGAUGUUUCAGAAUUAGCCAGGCAGAAAACCACUGUGCCAUAACAUCACUACACAUCAGCUAGCUACGUUAGCUAGCUAGCUAAUGGCACUUCGCUAACAAAUAACGUUAGCUAGAUGUUAUUUGUGUCUGAUAAAAGUGUAAAGUGCACUUAAUACACAGUUAACUAGCCAUUUUCAUUUGAUAUUAUUCAAUAGACAUUCAUUACUUAUUUGAUGUCAGGCUCAGCGCGAAGUAAAAAAGAGAAACCGCAUUAAUUUUCAGCUUGCCCGUUUGCUGUCCUAUAGCAAGAGCAUUGCAGCUUUCUCUAAUUAAAGUAGGAGUUUGUUGCUCGGAUUUAUUCUGACUGAAAUAACCGUGAACUGGUUCAACUUACCUGAAGCUACAGUUAUUCUUUAUGGCUACUUUAGGCUUUACUCCUGCCAGUGAGCAGGAUGUUUUUAGCAUUGAAAGAGAACAGUCCAGCCGUAAAGCAAGCAGUGUGCUUAGUGGUAUUAGUGGUAAAGAAGCCAGGCAGUUCUAUGAAAAUUUAAUGAAAGGUAACAAAAAGCAACCUGUAGUUAGCAGGAGGGAUGAUAGAGCUCAUCACAGUAGACAGAAGAACCAAGAGUCCGGUAGAAGAAUGGGGAGGCGAGCCAGGGCUGUAGAGAUACAACAGGGUCAAACUGAUUUUGUGGGGCAAAGAGAGAGUAGUGGUGAAAGUGAAGGCAACCAAAGAAGAGAGGCAAGCAACUCAGAACGGUCCAUGGAGCUCCAGGGGCUUAGGUUUCUGCGUUGUGCCCACGAGGGGGACAUCUCUGGCCUCAAAGAGCUGCUCUCAAAGGGAGUCGACAUCAACUUCCAGGAUACAUUUUUCUGGACAGCUGUGAUGUGUGCAAGCUGGUCGGGACAGAGAGCUGCAGUGAGGCUGCUGCUACAGCAUGGAGCAGCCUGGGUUGGAGUUGUUGAUACACAGGGCAGGGAUGCCCAAGACCUGGCACGGGAAGCGGGGCACAAUGAGGUGUUGGAUGAGUUGGAGAACUAUGGGAUAAGUACACAGAAAGACAUGCAAAUGGACAGCAGUGCCCCUCAGCCUCAGUGGUGUGAUGUGUGUUGUAGUGAAUUCAGCAGCAGCCUGUCGUCACAUCUCUCCUCCACUCUGCAUCAGUUUAGUCUCAGGCAUCCUCCACCCACCCCUUACUACUGUCUCCCCCCUUCCAGUAACAGCUACAAGAUGAUGGUUCGUUGUGGCUGGAAACCAGGGACAGGACUGGGGCCACAGGGAGAGGGGCCUAAACAGCCUGUGCCAACCGUGCUAAAGAGAGACCAGAAAGGCUUGGGGUAUGGACAGAUUAAAAGAGCCAAAAUUUCUCACUUCCAAGCCAGGGAUCCUGAUGCCGUGAAAGCACCAUCAAAGGAUAAAGAGGCGAAGGCAGGGAAAGGGAAGAGGAAGGAAGAAAGUAGGAGAAAAGAGCAAAAAGAUAAGAACUGGGAAAGAGAUUUUCGUGCCUCUUUUUAUCUUUGACACCCUCCCACAGGGUCUUUUCUACAAGGUCACUCUGAACCUCAUGUAUCUAUAUGAAGCUCUGCUAUGGAGACAAGUUGUACCUGGUUUUUAUUUCAAAUUAAAAAGGUUGUGAGUCAAGUUAAGCUGCUGGAUGGUGUUUUCCCAUUGAGCACAAUAUGAAUACUCUACCUCAAAGCUGGUACUAUGUCCUUUUAUGGAAUGAGUUGUGCUACCACCCACAGGUUGUGUAAUGGCCAACUAUCGCGUCAAUGCAUUCGGUCUUUAUCUUACUUGAGUGUAAUCUGUGUAAUAAAAUACAGUGCGUUUACUGUUUGAUAAUGUUCAACAAACCUGUUUCCAGAAACAAAGAGCAUGGCUGCUGUGUUAUACAAUAUUAGUAAGGUUUAAGAUAUCUUCAUUUGUGAGAGUUAAUAGGAGUAAAACAGUUUGUCCCAGACACUGAAGUUGUUUCCAGUAAUUCUGAGUGACUGCUUUAACUGUUUGUCCAUGUUUUUUGAAUGUAGAGUAUCUUAUGCAACACAGUGCAACAGUGAACUCUGUCUUUAUAUCAGCUCUAGGUCCCCUCUCACCUCUUCAGUCACACCUGCACACGUGACUGGUGAGUCAUAUUUAUGCAUAUCUGUCACGUCAGCAAGCUGCUCAUCCUAUGGCUUUCUCACAUUUAGCACAAACAGGUCAUCUUCAUUGUUAUUGACUCAAAAGCUUUCUCUUGUUCAUGUUACAUGAGAUGUUUUCAAGAUUUUCCUGAUUCAAUCACAGCUGAUGCCAAAUUAGAGGCAAUAAAACCCCCUGAGACACAUCAUGUGACCUCAGAUAGGAGGCCCCAUUUUUAUUCAAAGUCUAGGCUGAAGGUGACGAUAGGUAACCUGGU